AUGAUUAAUAACAAUAAUAACGUCGAUAUUUAUGCUCAGAAGAAUCAGUACAUGUUUCCACAUGACUUGACGAUCGAGGAUUGCAGGGAGGCUACAAAGAAUGUGCCAGGAUUCAGAGAGACGAAUAAGAAUGGAUUGAUCUGUUUCAACUAUGACUUUGCGACUAGACAGUCAUUCCCAGAUCCAUUGUCAGCACCAGAUCACAAGACUAGCUAUUUAUUAAAGGUCAGAAGAGAGUGUCGUGGAAUCAUCUUUGACAAGGAGUCUGGACAGGUGGUCUGCAGGAAGUUCCACAAGUUCUUCAACAUCAACGAGCUGGAGGAGACCAGCCAGGACAAGAUCGUGUUGGCCGGCGCCAAGUACUGCAUCAUGGAGAAGCUCGACGGCAGUCUGAUCGCCCCCAUCUACUUGAACCAGGUCAUCUCGUGGGGAUCAAAGGCCGGCCACACUGAGCUGUCCGAGAAGGUGGACAAGUUCAUCGAGAAGAAGCAGGCCGAGAUCAAGUACAACGAUAUGGCCAGAUAUUGGUUGGAGCGUGGAUGCACGCCAAUGUUUGAGUGGUGCUCAGAGUCGCAGCGCAUCGUCCUGUACUACCCAGUGGAUACACUCAGCUUGACCGCCGUCAGAUCGAUCAGAACCGGCGACUACAUCCUCUAUGACGAGAUGGUCAAGGUGGCCGCUCAGUUCAACGUGCCAGUGGCCAAGUGCGUCGACCAGGCCGCCCUGUGCAGCGAGAGCAAGACUGCCGAGGAGCUGUUGGUCAAGGUGCAGGAGAUGAAGGAUAUCGAGGGAUACAUUUUGCGAUUCGACGAUGGUCGCGUGUACAAGAUGAAGUGUACCUGGUACUUCAAUCUCAGCAAGUCUGCCCCAAUCAAUCUCACGCACGAGAAGGACAUCUGGAUGAUGAUUCUCGAUAACAAGCUGGACGACACAGUCAGCGGGCUGUGCGCCAUGGGUCCGUUGCCAGUGCGCUACGUCAAGAUCCAGAAGUUUGCCCGUGAGCUGUUCGAGACGAUCGAGGAGCUGACGCACAAUGUAAUCAACGAGCUAUACACUAUCAAGCAGGCCAAGAGGACGAGGAAGAUCAUCCAUGCCGAUAGCCAGAUAGAGCCACACUUCAAGAAGCUGUUGUUUGAGUUCUUUGAUGAGAUUGAUGUCGAGGAGGACCGUUCCAUCUAUCUCUCUCGUGUGUCCAAGUUCAUCAUCUAUCAUCUCAAGUCUCAAUGUGGUACCGCCUCCAAGUUAAACCAUGCCAGGGAAAUGGUUGGAGGAUUGAAAGGUAAAGACGAAUGA